AUGUCUUCCCUGAAGGUCGGAAAAGUUACAGGCGAUGGCGGACGGGCUACCGGAUAUCAAGCCGCCAGACUUGGCUCAGCCGUUCGCAAUGCCGGGGACGACAAAGGCAACGCAAGUGGUGGAAACGGAAGUGAAAUUGAGUUUGCGACAAAGGGUACAUACAGCAAGGUCGAGGCCGGUGAUAUUUCGAGCAAGGGAGGCGAUGCGGAUGUCAAAAGCUCACGCAGUUGGGCGCGGGGACGCAACUGGGGCAUAGCCAAGUCGGGCCAAGCGACUGCUGGUUCCGGUGGUAACAUCACCAUUGGAUGA